CUCCCCGGCGGGAAGCUAAGGCGCGACAAGCGCACCAGCGAAAUACAGGGGAUGGUCUCGUGGAGGGCGCGCGGCGACCCCGCGCCGGGGAUGUAUGCCCUCCAGCUCGACCCGUCCGGGGCGCCGCAGUACGUGAUGCUGGCCAACGGCACCCGGGAGUACUGGCUUAGCGGCAACUGGACGGGCAAGUCCUUCACCGGUGCGCCGGAGGUCACCGCGUCAGGCCUUGUUCAGUUCGUCGACAACGACGACGAGACCUACUUCACCUACAGCUUCGCCGCCAACACGGUGACGGUGUACCGUUUCGUCAUGGACGUCUCCGGGCAGCUGAAGGGGCUGUUCUGGGUGGAGGCCACGCAGGCGUGGAACCUCGUGUAUGCGGCGCCCAAGGCACAGUGCACCGUGCCGUGCGGCUGCGGCGCGUUCGGCGUGUGCAGCGAGGGCGCGGCCACGACAUGCGACUGCGCCCGGGGCUUCCGCCCGCGCAGUCCACCCAACUGGGCCUCCGGCGACUACACCGACGGGUGCGGGCGUAACGCCCAGCUGCAGUGCGCCAAGAACAGCACCGCUGCCGGCUCGAACAAGGCAGAGCAAGACAAGUUCCUCCGCAUGGAUGGCACUAGGUUCCCUGAUGACGGUCAAGUAGCGGGCGCGGCGAGCAUCGGCGACUGCCAGAGCGCAUGCCUAGAGGACUGCACGUGCUCCGCUUACGCGUACAACGGCAGCUGCUUCCUAUGGCACGGCAACCUGCAAAACUUGCAGGCCGGUGUCGCCGAUGACCGGGCCGGCACGGGGAGACUCUACCUCCGGCUGGCCGCGUCGGAGCUCCCAGGCCCAAGAGGCCACAAAUGGCGGGACAUCAAGAUUGCCUCCGGUGCACUCGCCAUCGCCUGCUUCGUGGUCGCCGCCUCCAUUCUUCUAGUUCAUACGACAAGAAAGAGAAGAGCAUCGAGAGUCAACGGUCUCACCGUCGGCGAUGGCUACGUGAGCUACAAGUACAGUGACCUGCAGUACGUGACCAAGAACUUCACCGACAAGAUCGGCGCCGGCGCCUUCGGGUCGGUGUUCAAGGGCCAGUUCUCCGACAACACCGUGGUGGCCGUCAAGAAGCUGGAGGGGUUCCGGCAAGGCGAGAAGCAGUUUCGCGCGGAGGUGAGCACGCUGGGCAGCAUCCAGCACGUCAAUCUGAUCCGCAUGCUCGGGUUCUGCUCCGACGGCGGCGCCGACCGGAAGUUGCUAGUGUACGAGUACAUGCCCAACGGCUCGCUCGACCGCCACCUGUUCCGCAAGACUUUCUACGUCCUGAGCUGGCAGGUACGCUACCAGGUCGGGCUCGGCGUCGCCAAGGGGCUGGCGUACCUCCACGAGAGGUGCCGGGACUGCAUCAUCCACUGCGACGUCAAGCCGGAGAACAUCCUCCUCGACGCCGCCUUCGCGCCCAAGGUGGGGGACUUCGGGCUCGCCAAGCUCCUCGGCCGGGAUUUCAGCCGGGUGCUCACCAGCAUGCGGGGAACCAUCGGGUACCUGGCACCGGAGUGGAUCAGCGGUGAGGCGAUCACGGCCAAGGCCGACGUGUUCAGCUACGGGAUGAUGCUCUUCGAGAUCGUUUCCGGGAGAAGGAACGUCGAGCAAGGGGAGAGUCAGUUUGUGGUGUCGUCGACAGGCUCGACAAGCACGGAGGAGCAAGCUACGACGACGACGACGACCUUCUUCCCGUUGCUUGUCGCGCGGAGGCUGGCCGAGGAGGGGGAAGUCAUGGCGCUGCUGGAUCCCGAGCUGGAAGGGGACGCCAACGCCGAGGAGAUGAAGAGGGUGUGCAAGGUCGCCUGCUGGUGCAUCCAGCACGACGUCAACGCGCGGCCGACGAUGGCGGAGGUGGUGCAGGUGCUACAGGGCUUGAUGGACGUCGAGAUGCCACCUGUGCCACAGUACCUUGAAGUUCUCGCGGGACGGCAGCGAGCUGGCGUGCCAUAGCGUGCGCGGAGCUGCGUGAAGUUCCCGACGAAGAGCCCUUACACGAGACUUUUGGAGAUACACUUAUUUUUUGACAUUUUUUUGGAGAUACACUUAAUAUAUCUACAUAUACAUGGUUAGAAAGAUGUUAAACACAUGUGGAGAUACAAACUUUUGGAGAUAUACUACUGUAUGGAUUAUACAUAAUUUGUGGUGUACAUAUACAAUUAUCAAGAUAUUAUUACACAUAACUGAACAAUAUACUUUGGCUCAUAGGUAGAUGGUUAUAAAGAUGGGAAUGGUGUU